CCGCCAAUGGGCGCGGGCGUUGCCGGUGACGCGCCGGCCCCGCCCCUCCUGGCGCUCGGUUUCUGUUUCGCUCCGGGGCCUGCGGGGGCUGUCGCCGCUGUCGCGAUGGAGCCGCAGCCCGACAGCCUAGAGGGGUGGGUGGCCGUGCGCGACACCGCCUUCGCUGAGCCUCAGCCGCCGCCGCGGCUCCGCUUCCUCGUGGGUUGGAACGGCGCGGAGGGCGCGUUCGCGGUGACCUGCCACGGGCGGGCGGAGGCGGCGGAGCAGGCCCCGCAGAGCUGGGCCGGGCUCUUCUCGGCGCCGGCUCUGCGCGGCGUCCACCGGCAGCUGUCGGCCGUGUGCCCGCGCCUAGAGCCCGCCUUCCCCGAGCUGCCGCCCGCGCUGCCCGGCGCGUCCUCCGGCGGGCUCUGGGCCGUGCUGUUCCCCGGCGGCGCCGCGCCGGACGAGGCCGAGCUGCAGGAGCUGUGCCGGGCGCUGGAGCUGUACCUGGGCUGGGCCCUGGAGCUCUGCGGCGCCCGCGUGGUGCUGGACGCGCUCUUCGCCGCCGACCGCUGCUGCGACGACGAGUACUUCGAGAGCCUCCACGAGCUCCGUGGGAAGGCCCUGCGCGGCCACCUGGCCCGGGCCAAGGAGGCCCUGCGGCGGGUUCUGCAGCAGCAUAAAAGUGCUGACACAAUGGUGGCUUUGAUGAAGGUUUAUGAAGAAGAAGAUGAAGCUUAUCAGGAUUUGGUCACCAUGGCAACACAAUUCUACCAGUAUUUGCUACAGCCCUUCAGAGAUAUGCGAGAGCUGGCGACACUGUACAAACUGGAAAUCCUGAAAUCUUUGCAGUAUGAUAAUUUGGGGCCUAGAAGAGUAGCAGCUUUGCAGAAGGAUGCUGAUGAAUGGACUAAGCGAGCUGAGAGUGCUGUGUGCUCCAUUCAGGAUAUCACAGUGAACUACUUCAAGGAAACUGUAAAGGCUCUGGCAGCAAUGCACAAACAGAUGGAGCAAGAUGAGGAGAGAUUUGGUAAAACCACCUGGGCAUCAGCUUUGCCACGACUAGAAAACCUGAAAUAUAUGUUAGCAAAAGAAACCCUUCAGCAUCUGAGGGCGAGAGAGUUGUGCCUGAAACAGAAGAGAGCUGGCAUUCAGAAACUCAUGGAGAAUCUUGGUGAACAAGAAGAGAAUUUAAGUAUAGUGGAGGAGCUGGAAAUACAGUAUUAUGAAACACAGCUGGAAUUAUAUAAUGUACAGCUUGAAGUAUUGAAGCAUGAAGAGAUGCUGCUUAUUGUACAGCUGGACACUAUAAAGAGACAGAUUAAAGAGAAACAGGAUGAAGUUGUUUACUAUGAUACAUGUGAAAAUCCUGAGGAGCUCAAGGUCAUUGAACAGAGCAUGGGACAACAUUACGCUAACUUGUCAGCAAUGACGGUGCUGAGGCAGAAGACUAAGCAGUUGGAGACAAAGCGUGGGACUGUCUGUGCGAGGAGAGCCUACCUCAGGAACAAAAAAGAUCAGUGUGAGGCGAGCCACCGGCAGAGACUGCAACAGGCAGAAGAGAGCAGAAAGCGCUUCCAGCAGCAUCACAGCAUUCAGAUUAAGAGAGACAAACAAAAAGAAGAGGAGAAAAAGAAGAAAGCUUGGAUAAGCCAGGAACGUCAGAAAACGCUGGAGAGGCUGAAAGUGUUCAGGGAGAAGUGUCCAGCUCAUGUUGUUCUGAAGACAUCUCGUCCCCAGCCUCGCAGUCCCAAGUUGCCACGAGGCACCCCUCAGCAGGCUGUGGUGCUGUCCCCUCCACCUGCAUCGAGCACAGGGGCAGCCCCAGCAGUUCUGUCCCCUCCACCUGCAUCGAGCACAGGGGCAGCCCCAGCAGUUCUGUCCCCUCCACCCUCAUCAAGAGUAAAGGCAGCUCUUGAGCAGCCACAGAGCAUUCUGCUUGUAGAAGACAAAGAGCCAGAAGCUUCAUGUCAGAAUACCCCAGCAGACAUCCCUGUCCAGAUUUUUGUUACUGAUGGUGACACAGAGGAACAAAAGAACAGCGAGGAAUUGAUGGUCUCUCCAUGCUUACCACCUCCUCCUCCAUCUCCUCCUCCACCACCUCCUCCCUUGCCACCUCCACCCCCACCUCCCCCCCUACCUCUCCAGUUAAAAACACCAUCAGCAACAGAGGAUAAACCACUUCCCCUCAGCCCUGAUAGCCCCUCAGAAAGCCCUGCACUGCACAAUCAGGAUGACUCAUCCAGGAGGUCUAUAAAUAAUUGCAUAGGUUCCAUGGAUGAAGUUUUGGCUUCCCUGAAGCGCAGUGAAGUUCACCUUCGCAGAGCGGAGCAGCCCAACCCGUACGCCUCCGUGAAGGACAGCAUCCUCUCUGCCAUCAGGCAGGGGGUUAAACUAAGGAAAGUGAAUCGAGAUUCUGACAGAGAUGGCAGCAGAGGAUCCCCUAAUGAGCUGGAGAGAAGUAUUAAGGCAGCCAUGCAGAGAAUUAAGAAAGUGUCUGCUGAUUCUGAAGAAGAGGAGGACAACGAUCAGAAUAAUGGAGAAUGGGACAGCUAACCAGCCUAACAGACCUACUGACUGCAACAGAGUGUGGGACUCAUUUUGCACAUUGUAGAGGACUGUCCCUGUCAAAGUGAAGGAACUGUGAUUGUGUGUGGUGUUCUCAUAGUCCAGAAUGUCUUGUAAAGUAAAAAAAUCCUGCUGAUUUUCUGUAGGAGCUACAGAUUCAUAUUUUUGCAUGAUAAAUCAUACUCCGAAUUAUGCUUGCACUGAUAGGUGUUCCUGGCUCAACCAUGUAGUGUUUUCACCACAUCUGAAGACAGUUAAAAUGCUGGAUUUAAACAUACAUUAUUUAGAUUGUUACUACACAGUGGGUAAUGCUAUCACAACAAAGUUUAAGGAGUGGAAAUAUAACUGAAAAUGUCUUUUUUCAGAUAAAAGUAGAAGCAAAUCUAUGGUGACAAAGGCAUAAUCUGGAAUCUUUCACUCCUACCUCCAUUGUCCAGAAAAUUCUUAAGCAUUUUGCUUGUCUUAAUACAGCUCACUCUUAAAUAACUAUGUGGGUUCUCCAUUUAUCAUCAUGUUAGAAAGUGUGCAUUUAUGGGUGGCUUGAUAAUGCUGAUUGGGAAAAUCAGUUUCAAGUUUGAAAUAAACACUACUGCAGUAAUUACUGAAAAGUUUACUUUUUUAGCUGAAAGAAUAAGUGUAGAGAACUUUUAGAUGUUAAAUGUUUUUCAUACAUCUACAGUUACAACGACCUGUUGACAUGAAAGAAAAAGCCAAAAUAUUACAUACAAUAUUUUUCAGGAUUUAGUCCUUCAUGGGCUGCAUUUCUCCACUGAGAACUUCAAUACAUGUUUAUAGCUACUCUCAUGAAUUUAAAUUACCUGAUGGCCUUACAAAUGGCAGGUAUUUACAUUGUGUCUGGAAGCUGACUAUUUCAAAAUUCAGCUGCCUUCAGAGAGUCUUGCUAUUUUGGGUAGUUAGUGGCACAAAUGAUUAAAGUUUAUUUUUUUUUGAAGUUUAUACUGACCCUUAAUAAAAAUAUAUCUUGACAGAAGAA